UGCAAAAUUGCGAGUCAAAAACUGACUUUUAAUCCGAAUGAAACAUACUACUUUUUCGCCAGCCAAAAAGUAAAUCUCAAAAAUACAAAAUAUUGAUAACAAUAAUAUCGAGCAGAAAUGAAUCAAUCUGCAAAGUAGUCUGGUAUCCACGUCGUCAAGGCUUUUUUUGUUUGCUUACAUACCAUUGUUUUGUGAAAACGUUUGCAGUGUUAAUAAUGAAUCCUGAAGAAGAGUUACCUCCCGAUGUGCUAGAAGAAGCACAAAACGUGGUACUGAACUUGUUACCAACAAAAUCGCGCGAAGUGUAUGAGUGCGCGUAUACCCGCUUCAUCAAAUGGUGCGAAGGGAAAAAGAUUCAAACUUAUUCUGAGAACGUCCUAUUGGUAUAUUUUUCCGAAUUGGCUACAAAAAUGAAGUCAUCCACACUGUGGUCGCAGUAUUCCAUGGUGAAAGCAACUUUAAAUAUAAAAAAUGGCAUAGAAAUCGGAAAGUAUUCAAAAUUAAAAGCGUUUAUAAAGAAACAAGGAGAAGGAUACGUUCCAAAGAAAUCAAGGGUUUUAACUAAUGAACAAAUAGAAGUUUUCUUAGACACGGCUCCGGAUUUCAAAUUCCUGAUGAUGAAAAUUGUUGUAAUCUUUGGCGUUAGCGGAGCUUGUCGGUGUCACGAACUAUUACAAAUAAAAACUGAAGAUAUUGAAAAUAUUAAAGCAGGUUUAUUGGUAAAAAUUCCUGAUACCAAAACGAAAAAACCCAGAUCAUUUACGGUUAUGGGGGAAAAGUAUUUGAAAUUUUACGAAAAGUAUGUUGCGCUUCGUCCAAAAAUGUUUAAUGAAGGUCGGUUUUUUAUUAAAUAUGUCGACGGAAUGUGCCAUCGACAAGUAGUUGGCAUUCAUAAAAUUAGUGGUGUACCCCAAGAAGUAGCCAAAUAUUUAAAGCUAGAAAACUUUAAAGAAUACAGCGGACAUUGCCUACGUCGGACUUCUGCCACGCUUUUUGUGGAUUCUGGCGGUGAUAUUACGUCCCUCAAGAGGCACGGUGGGUGGAAAUCUGACAGUGUAGCCGAAGGUUACAUAGAAGAGUCUCUUAAACACAAAAAAGAUGUAGCAAAAAAAAUUUUUCGUUUGGAAGAACCAGGUACAAGUAGUGAAACCACAAGUAAAAUACAUGAAGACGCAACGAAUAGGAAUGUGAGCGAAGUAAACCUAGAAGAAUCAGGUACAAGUAGUGGAACUACGAAUAGAAUGAUCACACGUGAAGACGGAAUAAGUAGGAAUGUGGGAGCAGUAAACCUGAAUUUUGACACUGUGACCAACCAGACAGCAGGAGCGGUAGAAGUGUUAGCGCAAAAUAUUAUUACUGACCGCAUGAAAAAUGAUAAUAGUGACGAAAAAUCUUUAAUCCAAAUCAAUCGCAGUUGUUCUUAUUUGGGCACACUUCAUCACAAUAUCGAAAAUUUUGAAGGUCACUUACCUUUAACGCUACUAAGAGACGACGAAAAUGUGAUGAAGCAAACGGUGGCCCGUUUGGCUCGGGAGCAGAUAUCUCCCUACGUCAGAGAUAUGGAAAAAGAGGGAAAGUACAAGCAGUCCAUAAUAGACGCACUGUUUAGUAAUGGCUUAAUGGGGAUCCAAAUUGGCACCGAAUAUGGAGGUACCGCGUGUAAUUUUAUAACCACAAUAUUGACCAUUGAGGAAAUUUCGAAAGUGGAUCCCGCAGUUGCUGUGUUCGUGGAAAUUCAGAACACUCUUAUAAACAACGUAAUCAAAAAAUUGGGAACCAACGAGCAGAAAAAAACGUAUUUGCCCCAAUUAGCAUCAAACAUGAUCGGCAGUUUCGCCCUAACUGAAUCCGCAGCCGGUUCGGACGCAUUUUCCUUAAAAACAACCGCCACACCAGACGGCUCCGAUUUCCUCCUCAAUGGGUCCAAAAUGUGA